AUGGGUCGGCGUUUCCACGAAAUCCACCUUUCUACGGGGGAUAACUUUGCGCCGGAAUAUCUCGCCAUCAAUCCCAAUGGCACGGUCCCGUCCUUGACUGCCCCCUCUCUCGCCAAGCCUCUUAUUGAAAGUGUUGAUAUCCUCAGAUGGAUCGAUUCUCGCGGUAUAAAGACCCUUGUACCCAAGGAUGAAUUCCGUUCAAAGGAAAUACUUGCGCUCAUGCAUUCGCCGUCGAUGAGCACAAACAUCAUCUUAUUUCAGGCGCGAGAUCCCGCUGAAAUGGCGGCAAAAAAGUCGAGCGCUUGGAACGCUUUUCUGGAGGGACGUCAGACGCGCCUUGACAAGGAGCUCGCCGCUCAGCCCAACAAUCCUUUCUAUCUUUCAAAGGCCGCUGAGAAUCUCUCAACUACCUCGUUGUACCGUUCUGACAUUGGACCGGACCACGAGGAGCUUUUCAGGCUGUCAGACCAGAUGUAUCGCACUGUGGCAGAAGGUCUCGAUAAGCUUGAAGGCUUGAUCGCGUUGCCGUAUGCGGCUGGGUCGGAGGUCAGCGAGGCUGAUUACAACACUGUUCCAUGGCUCGCGCAUGCGAUGAUGGGGGCAAAUACGCCAGUGACGGCAAUUCAUGACUUUGUUCCUCUAGAGAGGCUCAUUCAGAAGACUGUCCCUGAUUUCAGGAUCGGUUCCAAAACUAAGCAGUGGUGGUCCAACAUUUCCAAGACGGAGGCGUUCAAAAAGGGCCAAAAACUUUGCCAGUACCGAGUUCCGCACCCAUCUGCUGUGGUGGAUGUUCCCCCUCUUUAUCGUUUGCGUGAUACUGUUGUCCUUCUUCAGGGCAUCAAGGAGCCUCCAAAGUCCGCUGCUAAUGCCUCAUCAUCCCCAUGA